CAGUAAAAGAUUGUGCUUAAGGCGUCCGCUCAUUUUGUGCCCAAACGUCGCAAGAUUCGGUCGAUUUUUCGAGUGGAUCAGUGUUUUGCAGAUUCUAGUUGCUGGUGUGUUGUGAAUAAUAGUGCUGCAAAGUGAUCACCUAAAUUUUCUGGAACCAACAUGAAGUUCACACCACCUCCCGCUUCGCUGUGCAGCCCAUUGAAUAUACCAGAGAAAAUAAUGAUGGGCCCGGGACCUUCCAACUGUUCGAAACGUGUCCUCACAGCUAUGACGAAUACAGUGUUGAGUAACUUCCAUCCAGAGCUGUUUCGAACAAUGGACGAUGUGAAAGAUGGCCUUAGAUACAUUUUUCAAACAGAAAACCGUGUGACAAUGUGUGUUAGUGGGUCGGCACAUGCAGGAAUGGAGGCAAUGCUCAGCAAUCUUAUUGAAGAUGGCGAUCGUGUGCUAAUUGCUGUAAAUGGCAUUUGGGCAGAGCGAGCCGUGGAAAUGUCAACAAGAUAUGGUGCAGAUGUACGAACAAUUGAAGGGCCGCCGGAUCGUCCAUUCAGUCUAGAUACUUUAACUAAUGCUAUAGAAAAACACCAGCCUAAAUGCCUAUUCUUGACGCACGGUGACUCAUCCAGUGGACUUUUGCAACCAUUGGAAGGAGUAGGUUCGAUUUGUCGCCAAAACAACUGCCUGUUGAUUGUAGAUGCAGUCGCAUCGCUGUGCGGUGUACCGUUCUAUAUGGAUAAAUGGGAAAUUGAUGCCGUCUACACGGGCGCUCAAAAGGUGCUUGGCGCUCCACCAGGAAUCACUCCGAUUUCAAUCAGCCAAAGAGCAGUUGAUGUUAUAAGAAAUCGGCGCACGAAAUCCAAGGUAUUCUACUGGGAUUUAUUAUUGCUCGGCAACUAUUGGGGAUGUUUCAAUGAACCGAAACGCUAUCAUCACACCGUAGCAUCCAAUCUCAUUUUUGCACUUCGUGAAGCAUUGGCUCAAAUCGCGGAAGAGGGGCUGGAAUCCCAAAUCAAACGUCGUAUGGAAUGUGCCCAGGUUCUGUACGAUGGACUCGGCAAAAUGGGCCUUGAAAUAUUUGUGAAGGACACAAGACACCGAUUACCUACUGUAACCGGCAUUAUGAUCCCGAAGGGAGUCGAUUGGUGGAAAGUUUCCCAAUAUGCCAUGAACAAUUUUUCGCUUGAAGUGCAAGGCGGUCUAGGACCAACAUUUGGAAAAGCAUGGCGAGUUGGGAUUAUGGGCGAAUGCUCAACGGUACAGAAAAUCCAUUUCUAUCUUUACGGCCUGAAGGAAUCUCUUAAGGCUACUCAUCCCAGUUACGUAUUCGAAGACAGUAAUGGCUACCAUUAGUAACAAAGUAAAGCCGCAAUGGGUCGGGUUAAAAGGUGGAAUAUUAUAGCCGUAGACUGGAAUUCUGUUAAACUACGAUGUACACUGUUAAGCGAUAACUAACCCAACAAUAUAUAUACAACAACGAUAUACAACUUAUAAGAAGUGUACAUAUUGGAGAUAGUUGCACAAAAACACAGUACUUUAAAAACUAUCAAUGUGUAUCCUAAGGAACUAUACAAUGUAUUAUUGUACGUGUAUUACAUUGUUGGCAUUCAGAAGCUUUCUCUUUCACGUUUUCGGCAGGAAAGUGAGUUCUGUUUAAUAAAAACAUAUUACAUUGCAUGUA